UUCUUUUAUUAGUACGUGACGGGGGCCGAGGUAGAUUCGUUCCGUACAGAAAUUCUGCAUUGACGCUGUUGCUAAGAGACUGUUUAAGUGGUGACUCUAGCACUUUUAUUAUUGCAACAAUAUCUCCAAGUAUCAGCUGUUUAAGUGAGACUGCCUCAACUCUACGUUGGGUAGCGAGAGCCCGAUAUUUGCCAGUUAAAAAUCCUAAUAACAAAGAUAAUUUAACAACAAAAUCAGCGCUGCAAGCGCAAUAUAAUCAAUUAUUACUUGAACUCACCAAACACUAUAUUCGUUACGUACCUGCAACAGGUAAAAUAGUAUUUGAAGAAAAGCACUGGGAUUUAAACGUUGAAAAGAUCCGCAAAAAAGAAAAUAUAGGGAAUAUUAUGAAUUAUUCGCUAGCAAAAGUAACAAAUAACCUUGACUCUGUAAAACAAACUAUGGCCGACGAAUGUUCUAAUUUAGUCUCAAAAGUUGACAAACAAGUUAUUGCCAAAGAAAUAAAUAAUGAAAUCGAUAAUAUACUGGGAGUGCCUAUAGCACGCAGUGGCACUGAUAUUGAAAUAGUUAUGCCUACAAAAAACGAAAGACAAUAUAGAUCUCAAGAAGUUCUUGCUCUAGAAAAAGUUGAACAGUUACAGCUUAAUAAAGAUAAUCUUUCCGACCCAAGACUCUAUGAAGAUAGAUUAGAUAAAACAAAAUCUGUCAAUAUAAAUAUCAAAUCACCAGUUUCCAUUUUGUAUGACAAAAACCAAAGAGCUGAAAUAGUUGCAUCGGUUACAGAAAGGCUUUAUUCAAAAUUGAAAAAUAACGAAAUAAGCGAACAAAAACAGGAAGUCACUACAGAUAAAAAAAAUUCACACCCCAUGAAUGAAUUAAAAAUUUGCACCAAUGCCCGCCAACGGUUAAUGGAAAUAAGCCAAAAAGCAAUACGAAAUAAGAGGAGAAUCGGUAUACCAGCUUAUACACAGACAAGAAAAAAUAUUAUACGUAUGAGAGACCAGUGUAUAGACGCACAAAGAGAUUUGAUAUCCUAUAGACACUUAGAAUUAAAUAAUAUCGAACACUUAUGUUACCGAGACGUUAGCACAGAAACUAAACCUCUAACUCCUCGUUAUAAAGAAGUCGCCACCGGCUCCGAUUACGGAAACUUAUCCACGAAGGACAACUUUACUACGACGGAAUUGAACAGGAAAGUUUAUACGCAGACCGGUACUAUGACUGCUAUAAGUAGCAAAGAAAGGUGUACUCAAACGUUAACCGUUGUAAAAGCCCCGAAAAAGAAAAAGCGAUCAAUUAUAUCAAAAUAUUUAAAACAUUUUGAAAGGAAACCUAUAAAUAAUACACCGUCAAUUAUCAAUAUUAAUAUUUCACCGCUGUAUAAUCAGGAAAUCGAGCCUGAACAUUCUGAAGACGGUAGUAAUCAAAAUAUUCAAUGUAAUAUUAUUGCUCCUGAUCUUCUUAAGAACCAUGGAAUUGAAUCAUUACAAACGAAAACGAACCCAAUAAAUCAAGACCAAAGUAGUGAUGAAGACAGUUCCUCGUGUGAUGUCCAGGUUGAAGCUCUAGAAGCUGUUGUAACUGACGAUGGUACUGAUAGUUCAGAAAUGUUUAUGUUACCAAAACCUUUACUCUAUAAUACAAACACACAUGAGAAACAAUCGACGAAAACAAGAAAUUUGUGUUCGUCAAAUGAAGGGGAGCAUGAUAAUCAUUCGAUGAAGUAUUCCGAUAUCGAAGAUGACUUAAGAUCUAAAUUAUACUUAAAUAAAUCGUUCAGAAGUUUAGAUACAGACGAGUCAAUUACUUCUACGAAAAUUGAGGAUUGGUGUUGUAAACGAAGCAAUUCGUUAAGACGAAGUAAUACAAAUCAGAGAACCAAAUUUAAAACCGCUAAAACUAAGUUAUAUAAAGAGUUUUUAGGCUUGAAAAAGGAAAACGAUAGCGCUGAAGAGUCCUCUUCCAAUAGCUCGUUUUAUUGUUCUUCGUCAAAUAAUAUUAACAAUAGCAUGAUACCAAGAAAGUCCUUUAUUGAAAAAACAAACGACGGGUCUUUUAAAAAUGUUGAAAGCAAAAUUGAAAAUUCUUGUAAAAACCUCGAAUCAGCAACAAAUAAUUAUGAAAACUACCUACACAACUAUAAGAGGAAUGUUAAACCUGUUUUAAGACCACCUACAGAAUAUCUGCAACAUUUGAUAGAGAUAAGAAAAGAGUUGGUAAAAGAUGAUUGAAUAGGAUUGUGUUAGUUUAGUCUUUACAUACAUACAGUAUACAGUCCUUUGCAUAAAAUAUAAGCUAGCGAUAAUACGUUAAUGGAUUAUUUAUACUAUGUUAGUUUCUUAAUCAUAACAAUGGUAUAUAUUAGAUUGUAUAAUGUAUUCUUGACAUUUGUAUUUUGAUGUGUAUGAACUUUUCCGGUUUGUAAAAGUUAUUAGUCAUUCAAACUUAAA